AUGCUCAAACUCCCCGCUCGCUACUCCCGCUGGGUACCUCUUCUCGCCCCGGCGGCGCUAAUCCUACUAUUUAUCCAUCUGAACUCAGGCUUCUCGUCCGAUUCAUUAGCUGCCUACGAACCGGCAGUCUCCCACACUCCCCUCCACUAUAGCCCCGAGCGAACCAUCCAACCCAGCCAGAGCAGUCUAUCAGCCACCGACUCGGACCUCCCUGCAUCAUGUCGCCCACUGCCGGGUAUGGAAGACGUGCUCGUGGUACUAAAGACCGGCAUCACCGAAGCCCAGGACAAAGUCCCGGUGCACGUCCGCACUACUCUCCGCUGCAUCCCGAAUAAGCUGAUAGUCUCCGAUUUCGAAGAAGAAAUCGCCGGCCUCAAAACAUACGAUGUCUUUCGGAAUAGUAGCGAGGAACUCCGCGCAAACGAGGACUUUGCGCUGUAUAACCGGGCCCGCGAGCGCGGGCGACAAGGCCUCCAAAACACCGACCACACGAAGGUCGAGAACGGCAUGGGCGGGAUGUCGGGGAACCCGGGCUGGAAGCUCGACAAGUGGAAGUUCCUGCCCAUGGUGACCGAGGCGCGCAACUACAUGCCGGACGCAAAGUGGUACGUGUUCAUGGAGGCCGAUACGUAUCCGAUCUGGCCGAAUCUGGUGGCGUGGUUGGCGGAGUUUCCAGCCGACCAGAAGCUGUAUAUCGGGAACCAGAUGAUGAUUGGGGAUGAUGUGUUUGCGCACGGAGGGUCGGGGUUCAUCCUGUCGCAUGAUGCGAUUCAUGCGGUUGCUGAUGAGUAUGGGUUGAGGCCGGCUGCUUGGCAUGAGCGGACGCAUCAGCAUUGGGCUGGUGACUGUAUUCUGGGGAUUGCGUUGGCGACGAUUGGGAUCCCGCUUCUUUGGUCUUGGCCUCAUGUUACGGAUCGGUCGCUUUGGGAGCAGGAUGCGCUGAAUGAAGGGUUUGGGACGCAGCAGUGGUGUUAUCCGCCAUUCACCUUCCAUCAUAUGACGCCGAAGGAUGUGGAUCGUAUACACGACUUUGAGCUGCAGUGGUUUGCGAAUGACAAACACUCCCUGCUCCUAUAUAGCGACCUCUUCAAAAACCUCGUCCGACCGAUGCUGGAAAGCUACGCUGAGAAUUGGGACAACUUCGCCCAAACCGAACUCAAGCGAGAGGGCGACAACAGUCCCUUCACACCCUACGAAUGCGCCGAGCAAUGUGCCCUCGACGUCAACUGUCUCCAAUACCGGAUCGAUGACUCCGGAAGGUGCUCAACAACCGACCAAGCCCUUCGUGGCCGAGCUUCCGCUGGCGUGAAGUCUGGUACCAUGAUGUGGAGAGUCGAUGCCCGGAUCAAGGAGCGAGGCAAGUGCCAGAAACCCAAAUUCGUUACCGCAAACCCGUGA